AGGAAAAAGAUUCUAAAGAAUAUCCCAACUUUUUCAAAGUGAAAUUUGAAGAUAGCGGGGGCAUUUGCUAACGUUUUAUUACUCUCAUAUGUUGGGAACGGAUUUUACAAAAUGAGCUUUCUUAUAGGGUGUAAGCUUAAUAGAGCAACAGUUUCUCUAUUUACUGUGUUGAUUAACCUGUCACGGAGGAAGGAGCAAGGAGCAAGGAGCGUAUCGUGUUCCACAACUGUGCAUUCAUCAUAUGAAAUCUGAAAUGUUUUGGAACCUGUUUGAAUGCAGCCACUUUCUGUGGUUCAUUAAAAGAGGAAGAUCUGUGGGAGCCUCCAGCAGACCCUAAAAUAAGAAGCCACUGCUUUAAUAACCUGGAUCAUUGAAGUAGCAUGUCUUUAAUGUGAUUCUCAUUGCAGCUUGCAAUAUAUUUUUUGAAAUCUUGUGUAAAAAGGCUACCCCUGAGACAUUCCCAAUUAUCUUGUUCUGUUUUUGCUGUCUGGCCUAUUUGCUCCUGCAAAUAUGGAUCCGUGCACUAUAACAACAUCACAAAAGCAAAGUCAACACUGUUAUCAGGACCUAAAAUAACAUUCCUAUUGCUGACCUGUUAUUCAAACAGCCCAAAGUUUAGUUUGAUGUGUAACAAAAUGUGACUAUUAAAAACCUGGGUACAUUUUAGGUUCUGUUUUGCUCAGGUGGCCUGACCCCCACAUUGUAUUUUUCACUGUGAAGCAAUUAUGUGAAGGGAAUACCAGGGGUGUAGUUAUAGAGUGGUAAAUUGCUGUUUUAAACCGAAGGUUUGUGACAUAAUAAAAGAGAAGACUUUAAUAUUCAGAUUUAAAACAAGUGUUUGUAUUUGUGUUUCUGCAGCUGAUCUGAGUACUUCAACAUCCUAAAAGGCUACUACUUUUGUCAUGGCAAUUUUUUAUUGCGUGGAAUCCUUUUUCUGUGCAAGGAAAAGAAAUCCUUGUCUAUGGAUAGCAAAUGUUAUCUAACAUUAUCAAUAUAUCAGGUCCUGGUGAAGGACAUCUGCCCUGCUAAUAUUUGGAGAAAGCAAAAACAUGAAUGAUUAACAAGACUUUCCAGAACACGCUGAUUGGAAGUCUAAGGGAAUCGUAGGAUGGGCAUUAUGCCUAGUUGGGUUAUUAUUUCAAGGUCUGCUGUUGCCACUUUGCCUGGAAGAAGACACCUCUAUUCCAGAUGUGUUCUCUCCCAAAAUCAAGCAUGGAAAUGUUUGCUUGCCAGAGGUCAUUCAAGUUGGUCUCCGGCAAGAUGCAGUUGCAAGGUCAAUCACGCUUUCCCUCUGGGAAAGGCGUUCCGACAUACCUCCACAGAGGAAGAAGACUUCUCUUUUCACUUGACACCAACACAGAUCAAUGAGGUCCUAAAGGCGAGCGAGUUGUCCUACACCGUCCCUGAAUUUGAUGGGAAAAAUCCCAGCUCAGUAUUGAAGUUCGAGUCCAACCAGCUGGGAGCCAACGUGCCGAUGGAAGACCGCCGAAGUGCGGCAACCUGUUUGCAGACGAGGGGAAUGAUGUUCGGGGUCUUUGAUGGCCAUGCUGGCUAUGCCUGUGCUCAGUCGGUUAGUGAGAGGCUGUUUUCUUACCUUGCUGUUUCUCUUCUGCCUCGGCAAACGCUGGAAGAGAUUGAGCUGGCCAUGGAGUCUAUGAAACCGAUUCUGCCGAUCCUUCAGUGGCACAAACACCCCAAUGACAGCUUCUUCCAUGAGGUUGCCUCCCUGUACCUGGAGCAGCUCAGAGUGUAUUGGCAAGACUUACUGAACUCGGACACCGACCUUGGACUGACGAUAGAAGAAGCUUUGGUUGGUGCUUUUCAAAGGCUGGAUUCAGACAUAUCGCUGGAAGUUCAGGCACCUUCCCAAAAUGAACUGCUGAAAAAUAUCGCUGUUCAGGUGGCUUUCUCGGGUGCGACGGCCUGCUUAGCUCAUGUGGAUCAGAUUCAUCUGCAUGUUGCAAAUGCUGGGGAUUGCAGGGUGAUCCUGGGAGCUCAGAACCCCAACGGCACGUGGUCUGCUUUACCGCUUACCCGGGAUCACAAUGCUUUCAAUGAGUCGGAAAUCUUGCGGUUAAAAAGUGAACACCCAGCUUCUGAAGGGAGCACUCUCUUCCUGAACGACAGGUUGCUGGGAGUCCUUAUGCCUUCUAGAGCUUUUGGAGAUGUCAUGUUCAAGUGGAGUCAGGAGCUGCAGCAGAGCGUCCUUAAAAACCACUGCAACCUGGAGGAUUUAAACAUCUAUGAAUUCGUCCCUCCAUGUUAUCACACACCCCCUUAUUUGACUGCUGAGCCAGAGGUCAUUUACCACAAAAUCAGACGGCAGGAUAAGUUUCUGGUUCUUGCUUCUGAUGGCCUGUGGGACAUGUUGAGUAAUGAAGAGGUGGUCCAGCUCAUUGCAAACCAUGCGGUUGAAGCUGAUGAUCAGAAAACUGAGCUCACUUUUAAGAAACCAACCAGCUUGGGGUAUAUGCAAGACCUGCUACUUCGGAGAAAGGCCCAGACUGACCAGCCCUGUGACCGGAAUGUGGCAACCCAUCUCAUCCGACACGCCAUUGGCACCAAUGAGUAUGGGAAGAUAGACCAGGAAAAGCUCAUUGCAAUGUUGACUCUUCCUGAUGACUUAGCACGCAUGUAUAGGGAUGAUAUCACCGUUACAGUAGUCUAUUUUAAUUCAGAUGUAAUUGAUAGAUACUAUCAAGACGAUGAAGAAAGAUCCUGAGUUCACUUCACUUCAAAUUCCCAGAAACAUUCUUGUAGGAGAGCCUCAGCCAUAGAAGUCUCUUUCCUGGCUUCAGGAGACCAAGUUUAGUUCCUGUAAGGCCUUGAAUUCCUAUAAAAAAUUAAUGAAUUUUUGGCUCAUAAAAUCAUUUGGGGGCAAUCAUUUGAUUUUAGUGGAAGACUUGGGUUUUGUAAUCAAUUGGGUACCUGGAAGAAGCUGGUAAUAGUUAAGUGGAACCUCAACUUCGUAGUUAGAAACGUGUGAAUAGCUUGCAACGCUCAAAAUUUCUAAAGUAGAUUGGAAUAGCAGACAGGCCUCUUCCUCUGUGAGCUCUCCAAAAUGGCCAUCAGUGAAAAGGUUGCAUGUAGGGGAGAGAUGAAUUGUCUUUCUGAGGACACUUUGGGAGGCAAUGGAGCUGGGGAUUCCAAUCCAUACGAAAUGACUGGUAUUGAAAAGCAGAGAUGCUGCUCCAAAGGGCGCUUACUCUAAGCCUGUCCAAGAAUUAUGAAUUAUAUCCAGCUAUGUCCCUUUGCCACUGCAUAUCCACUUGGGCCAGGUCAAAAUCCCUAGCCACCGGAGUUCCUUAAGAUACAGCUAUUUUCAAAGGUUUGUUUUCUUGCUUUCAGGAAAGGAAGACUCACUCUGAGCAAAGUGAGAGAUGGUGCAGAAUGUUAUAGCUCUUCCUGCAUCAAAGCUGCAAACUCUUUGGUCUCUCUUUUCCCACACUCCCUUGAAUUGCUAUUGACAAUGGUUGCAUGUUGACAUUCUCUGAAUUCCAGUUCUUAGCAUCUUUCUUAGAAACUCCAGCUUCUAAACAGGACCCUGGCAGAAUUAUCUGCUGGAAAGAUCAGGCUGGGCUGGGUUAUAAUUUUGGGCUUAAGAUACAGCUAUUUUCAAAGGCUUGUGGAGGGUCAUUGAAACACUUCCCUGAAUACAAAUUCAUUGCUGAAUUUUAUCUUCUGUUCCUAAGACAUUAGCAUGAGAUUCCAUCACGUUGCAUUAAUAGGGAAGGUUUCAGCUAUUUAAACAGUGUCCACUGUGAUCAGCUUUCCUCCUCGCCUUUCUGCUGAUGGCCUACAACUCCUUUUCUUUCCUCAUCUGAACUGGCUACUGUUCAUAUGCUGCACAAAUUGCUACUUGAAUACUCAUAGAUAGCACUUCAGGGAUUUCAAACUCCUGUUGAUUCUUCUGCUACCAUAGCAGUCUUACGUGAGUGUCUCUCAUUCACUUAAAAAAAAAAAGCCUCAGAAAGGAUUACGUACUAUUUGUAGCUGUGCUGCAUUCUUGAAAGGCAAUUGGAAGCUGUUUUAUCAUGCAAGGUUAUAUCUGCAUCUUUGGAUCAACACACAAUCUUGCAAAUGAAUGGCUUUAAUUUCUUAAGAAUGGACAAAUAUUGUGCUUUUUAUUUAUGUUCGAUCUUUUUUUAAAAAAAACAACAACUAUUGACUAAUACUUGUUUGAAAGCUGGGUGGAAAUGAAUAUGUAUUUGGUACCAGUCAUGGAUGAGUAAUACAUGUGUUGCUGACAGUUUUCUGAAAAAGAGCAGGGUUUAAUAAUAGUCCACACUACUCACUGACUGAAUCAUGAUUUUAAGGAAGUCUACUUCUCAAUUUUUCUUAAUCAACUUGUUGUCCUUUUCUGUAAGCCACAGGACACAUUCUUAGAACCGAGGAUAUGAACUGCUUCUCUUAGCUAUAUUCAAUUGCUUUACUGAAGCCACUUCUUUGUGUCUUUAAUUCUCCCUGGGCUUACUCUGAAAAAGUCUGCUAUCAGAUGUGUCCUUCAAAAAGCUGUGAAAUUCCCCUAAAAAAAAAAAUUCUGCUGUAUCUGAUCCCCCUUAUCCAGAGCAUUUUUGUUUAAUGCAUUUUUCACUUUGAUUAUUUCAAUCUUGCCCCAUUAGUUUGGCAGAUACCCUUUCUUGCUCCAUUCAUUUUGCAGAUAUAUAGCUGAAUUUUCUCCCAGGUUCUGUUAUUUUCACUUGACAAUCACCCACCAGAGAACUUUUCUCAAACCUGCCUUAGCAAAACAAUUCCAAAAAUGAGAGGAAUUCUCUUUGAUCUGCCCUGCUCGAGAUUACAACAACAACAAAAAAGAUACCCCCAUUGCAAAUACUUAUUUGAUAGAGUCUCCACUAGAGAAAUUCUAAGACUGAAUCUGAAAAUGUAUGCACACAUAGCCAUAUGAUCCACCACUAACCUCUCAAAUAUCAACUCAGUUUAGCUGCUCCGUCUGACCUUACCGUUUCCUAAUCCAUCUCCCUCUCUACCCUUACAGUUUCUACAUUCCUGUUCUGUGUAGAUUACAGUGCCUCCCAUUAUGUAGAGUAUGUUCUCUAGCUUAAGGGUAUCGUUUCUGGGCUAUAUUGUUUAAUGUUGCUGGAUAAAAUAUCCUAGAACAUUAAAAUUCAUUAAUGUAAGCAGGCCCUUAUGGUGUUUAGAACAGACCAACAUAUCCUUGAAUAUUGAAGUAUCAUUGAUAACAAAGGGGAUGGGGUGAUACCAAUCUCCAGAACAAUGCAGGUCUCACCAAGAUACAGUUAAGCUCAGAGGAAUUUGAAUUGGAGACAUUUUCCAGAAGCUGGCCUGUACUCAAGUUAGACACAGUUCAACAAGUUAUGUAAAAAAUAGAGUCAGUAAUAUUGAGAAAUUACUAAUCUUUAUAGAACGUGGUUACAAGAUAACAGAUGUAUCUGCUUCAAGAGAAAGCAUAUUUAUUUAUGUAUAAUAUUAAUUUAACAUAGUACAUCAAGCAGUUUUAAAUGUUAACAAGUUAAAAUGAGCUAGCAUUGAGAUGAAGAGAGCAUUUAUUACAUGUACAUACUUUAAAAAUAUGUUCAAACCUUUUAAAACUUAUUGUGCUCGGGAAUAAAGAUAUGAAGAUGAAUGAAAGGA